AACGGUCCAGCCGCACCCGCGCUCGGCAUACGGCGCCUCUCGGCCUACGUUCUCCGUGGGCCGUGGCGGCGUGCCGCCCAUCCGCCCUCUGCCCUCGCCCCACCCGGCCACCCGUCGACGACGGUCCUCCGCCCUCGCCCCACCCGUCGACGACCUCGUCUCCUCCGUGCGCGGGCCUCGGCUAGCUCCUGCUUGGCGCUGGGUAGCGGGCUCGUCGGUGCUGGGUAGCGGGCUCGUCGGUGCUGUGCAGAUCCACCCGCGCCCCGCCUUGUUCUGUGCUGCCGCUUGGCGCUGCGUCACUGACCAAGUGCGUGCCUGCCAGCCGACCGACGGCCAGCACCACAUUUCGCAGAGCCGUUGGUGCUCUCUCUUGGCUGUCAGCACCAGAAGCACAGCGCAGAGUCGCCCCAGCCCCCUGCGCCUGCUGCAUAGUCUGCCACUGCCCCUCAGUUGUUGUGGUGGCCAAGGGACGAAUCACUCUCUCAUUCUCAAUGUGGCACAGUUUCUUUUCGAUGCACCGGAUAGCCUCUCGCUCGGGUUUGCUUGGUAGGAGAUGUUACAGCUAUGCCAUGAAAGGGGGCACUUCGAUCGCCGGAGUAGGCGACAUCAUUGCUGUCGCAUCAGGGAAAGGAGGCGUAGGCAAAUCCACCACUGCAGUUAACAUUGCUGUAGCACUUGCCAAGGAGUUUAAGCUUCAGGUUGGUUUGCUAGAUGCUGACAUAUAUGGGCCAUCCAUUCCUACAAUGAUGAACCUCCAUGCUAAGCCUGAAGUAAAUGAAGACAUGAAGAUGAUUCCAGUUGAGAACCAUGGUGUGCGAUGCAUGUCCAUUGGUUUUCUUGUAGACAAUGAUGCACCAAUUGUUUGGAGAGGUCCUAUGGUAAUGAGUGCUCUUGAGAAGAUGACAAGGGGAGUUGCUUGGGGGGACCUUGAUAUUCUUGUUGUUGAUAUGCCCCCAGGCACUGGCGAUGCUCAACUAUCGAUGUCCCAAAGGCUUCGGUUAUCUGGUGCUUUAAUUGUUUCAACUCCUCAAGAUAUUGCUCUUAUUGAUGCUAGAAGAGGAGCCAACAUGUUCCGCAAAGUUCAAGUUCCUAUUCUGGGAUUGGUAGAGAAUAUGAGUUGUUUUAAGUGCCCAAAAUGUGGUGAGAAAUCUUACAUCUUCGGGGAAGGUGGAGCGCAGAGAACUGCAGAGGAAAUGGACAUGAAAUUACUUGGUGAUGUACCUCUUGAAAUCAGCAUCAGAACAGGUUCAGAUGAAGGCAGCCCUAUCGUUAUAUCAUCACCCAACUCUGCAUCAGCACAAGCGUACGUAAAUGUUGCUGAGAAGGUGACUCAAAGGCUCAAUGAGCUAGCAGAGGAGCGGCGUAUGGGCCCAGAAAUCUUACUUUGAGACAUUCAAGCCACUUUUCUACACACCUUCUCCUGUUUGACGGUACGGCGCAACAAAAAAAAAAUGCACUGAUAAAUAGUGUUGUUGGAAGUAAACUUCAAGUUUUAUCAGUUGGGUUGGAAAUUUUACUCGAAUAAAACCUCUGCUGCCAACCUUGUCUUUGUCACGCAUGUCCAUUAUCUAGUAUUCUAGUCUCUGCAUUUUUUCAUGACUCAUUGAGUGAUAAUUAUAUACUAGUGAU